AUGCUUCGCAUCCGAGAAUCCCAUGAUAGUCAGGUCUCCAAAGGCCAUGGAAAUGAGCGAGCUAAACAAACGGUUUCGGACAUCGCUAUCAAUCUCACGGCCUCUGAAGCAGAACAAUUGAAGCCAAGCAUGUGUAGUAAAUUGGUGGCAGUUAUGAUGAAGAACCACGAAGCUGUUUCUUCAGCAACCACUCGAUUGCAUCGCUGGAAUAUCACCUCAAAGCUUCGACUAGCUGAUGUCAUCCGUAACACCUCAACUGUUGACGACUUUCCAACAGAUAUCGAUCUCGGUGGCGGUCAAGUUAGCACAGACAAUCCUUUGGAACAUGGGAAGUUUGUCCUUCUGAUCAAUAACGCAUUGUCAACUCAAUUGCUCCAAGCAGAUCCCAGUAAGGCCGAACCGAUAUCAACUCAACCGCCUUUCCCUCAUCCUACUGGUGCUCAUAACCAGUAUACUCAACAUCCACCUGGAACCUCCUAUCCUCCACCUGGAAACUUGUAUCCACCGAACCACUAUUCUCAACCGAACUACAGUAACUUUUUGUAUCAUCAUCAACCCAACUAUCCUCAUCCGAACUUUCUUAUUCCAAACCCUCCUCCUCAUCCAAAUUGCCCACAACCACCGAAUCAACCUCACUAUCCUAUUCCUAAUUACAUACACCCAAACCAUCCUCCUCCUCCACCUCCCAGCAUGUAUUUGCAUGCUGGAAUGAUGGAGGGUAACCAACCUUCCUUUGAAUCUAGCUAUUGGCGACCACCCAAUUGUUCCCCUGGUCAACAGACUUAUUCGCAAGUUCAACAUCAUUCUGUACCCUAUCCGAAUCACUAUUCCAUCAACACGAACUUGUCACCAGUUGAGAAUUCGACUUCUGGAAACACCAAUCAUACGACUUACACUAGUUCUGAAACUCCUGUCACAUUGUCAUCAACCACUGCCUUGAUCGAACUCGCCAAAGCACCAUCACGCGUCACUGAUGACACAACGUUAAAUCCAUCUGGGUUAUUAGUCAAGGACUUCCGGUUAUAG